GAAGGACCUCCAUAUUCCAGGUAUGUGUUAGGAAUGCACGACAUGAGGAAAAUCCGAUUCCUCCCAAAGCAGAAAGGGAGCAAAGGUUCAAAAGAUGAGGCUCCGGUGAUGGAAAAGACACAAAGGAAGGUCUCUGUUUCCACCAGUAACAUCCCGAGGCUGAGCGAAGCAGAGAGGAUGAGGCAGUCUUCGUUCGAGAGGGUCGUCUACGACAUGGCGCACAACGAGAAGGUGGUGAACGAGCUGAUGCUGGGGAGGAGGGUGGGAUUCUACGAGCUGAGAGGAGAGAUCGGGCAGGGCAACUUCUCCACCGUCAGGCUGGGCAUCCACGCCCUGACGAAAGAGAGAGUCGCUGUCAAAAUCAUGGACAAGAUGCGUUUGGAUAAGAAGAGCGGGCCCAUGAUGGUGUCAGAGAUCAGCUGCAUGGAGAAGCUGUGCCACCCCAACAUCGUGCGUCUGUACGAGGUGAUGGAGACCAGCAGGAAGCUGUACCUGGUGAUGGAGUACGGCAGCAGUGGAGACCUCUUCUCCAGAAUCACCACCAGAGGGAAGCUCAACGACCUGGAGAGCAAGAUGGUGUUCGCACAAGUCAUCUCUGCUGUGAAACACAUGCACGACAACAACAUCGUGCACAGAGACCUGAAGCCAGAGAAUGUUUUCUACACCACCAGCCACUGCAUCAAGGUGGGAGACUUCGGCUUCAGCACGGAGAACCGGCCUAACGAACUGCUCACUAACUUCUGCGGCUCCCCUCCGUACGCUGCUCCUGAACUCUUCAAGGACAAAGGGUACGUCGGAUACUACUCGGACGUCUGGGCUUUGGGUAUUCUGUUAUACUUCAUGCUGACGGCCACUCUGCCUUUCUGUGGGGAGAAAAUGGGGCGUUUGAAGCGCAGCAUCCUCCAGGGGGCUUACAACAUCCCUGCGUAUGUUCCAGACCCCUGCCAGCUGGUGAUUAAAGGCAUGCUGCGACCUGUGCCUAUCGACCGCUCCACUCUCUCGCAGAUUUUAAACAGUACGUGGCUAACGGGGAUUGACUACCCUCCCCCUUAUGUGUCGCUGCCCCUCUCCCCGGCUCAUUUCCUCCAGGCGAACCAGACUCUGAGCGUGGAGGAGGCGGAGGUGAAGAGCUCUCUGUCAGAUCUGGGGAUUGUGACGGUGCAUUUACAGAACAAUCAGUGUGUAGACUGCAGGAGUCCUCUGACGGGGACCUACAGGAUCCUGCUCCAUCGGGUCCAGAAGAGGAGGUCCGUGGAGGCCGUGGGGUAUUCAGCGCUCCACCCUGAUGAGUAUGGGACCUCCAAACAGUGGUCCAUAGCUCCUGUGGACAAACACGAUCCCUCCGCUGUCUGUGUUGUACUGUGAAGAGAAAGAGUGGUGCAGAAACGAGUCCUAAACCCCGGAAAAGACUUGUCCCAUGUCUUGAAGUCAAUGUUUUUUCAUACCUGGUUGUGGCUAGAAACCUAAAAUAAGGACUGAGGUUUAUACACACUCAGAUAUUUGUUCUACAACAUAAAAUACCUCAGUAAAUACACAGCUUGUGGAUGUCAAAAGCUUCUAUAUGUCAUAAAACAGCGGUUGCUAACAAGUGACUUUAUAAACUACUAAACCUCAUCAAGCUUAGCGGUGGUGACACGAAGUCAUGUGAGCAGGAUGUAGGUCGUUGAUAGUCCACCUGCUUCCACUCCCACUGCUAUUUAUUUAAUUUUCACUUUAUUAUUUGCCCUUCUUGUUUGCUUGUUUGUUUGUUUGUUAACAGCAUGUAAACCGGCCUUGGGUCCCUUGAAAGGCGCUAUAAAAAUGGCAUCUAUUGUUAUUAUUAUAGCCUAGCGAUUGAGUCUUAAAGUGGUGCUAAUAUAUGGAGAUGAUCCUGCCGAACAAAACGUUUUAAGUAUCAUAAACAUGUGUUGGCCACAAAGCUUAUUUUCUGCGAUACACUGAAAUCCAAUGGGGGAAAUCCUUAUGUCUUUUUCCUAGGGACCCCUCACCGAUGCUAAUUUACGGGACCACCUACAAAAGGACUUCAUCACUACACUACUGUAUAACUGGAUUUAUCACUUACACAUGUGCCCAUUUGUUGGCUAACACUCCUUCCAUCACGUCAGGCUCCUUUUAUCCGUGAGGCUUUGUGUUACAUGUUGAGAAACACUCCAGUUGUGUUGUGCAACGCUCGAAUGAAAUGGAUCCAAAUGGAGGUCCGGGAUCUUCUGUUCUUCUGUGUAAGUCAAUCACGGCUCACGCUCGAGGGCACAUCUUCUUAGUAAUCAGCUAUGGCUUUGUGUCAUGAUUACAUCACCGAUAAAAGCUAAGUGACGCAGGUGUAUCAAUCUCUGUAUGAUUAUCAGCCUCUUCCAAGCCCUCUUCCGUGCAUACAUCUACUGAACUAAUCCGGGGCUGCAGGUAAUCCUGAUGAAAUGGACACUGAGGACAUGCUUAGGUAACAGAAACGAAACCUGAGACUGGAAAAAUGUCCUGAGGUGAAAAUAAUGUAGAGCAAAAUUGGAACCACAUGAGGCAAGGACAAUGGACAACGUGUAAAACUACUCCUCUCAAUGUGUGUUAAAGCUCACCUAUUAUGCUAUAUUUGAACAAUAUAUUA